UUGAUUCAUUUCUCAUUCAAAACUAAUCUCUAUUCAAUCGAUUCAAAUUCCAAAGUAUUCUUUUUGUUGUCUAAUUAGUCUAUCAAAAUCUCAUGUCAGCUCCAUCCGUUCGGCGGCUGAAGGAUCGCAACGGCGCCGGAGCCAAAACUGCCGCCGUCCAAAAACCCACGAAAACCCUAACCCCUAUUUCAACUUCGCAACCAAACCCAAGUUCCUCCCUCAAAAAAUCACUUUCCGGCAAAGAGAACCCCAGGCUCAAUUCUAGGGCCCAGAAGCCCACGAUCCGGCCAGUGCCGCGUGUCGACAAGGCUUCAGCCGCUGUUGUGUCGGGGAGUGACGGCAGUGAAGCGCGCGUCCGGUGGUCUACAUCAUCGGUGCCGAGAGGCAGGAGUUCAAGCCCAUCUGAGUUCAUUAGGGUUUUUAGAGAUUCUAGGGUUUCUAAGGGAGAGGGCGAUAGUCGUGUGGUGUCGAGUGCAGGGAAAAAGACUGGGACUAGAGGUUACAGAGAUGGUAAAGAAAAUAGUGGAUUUGGUGUGGAAUUAGGGAAAAGGGGCGGAUUUUGUGAACGAAAUGAUGUAAAAGCAGAGGAAAAACAGAAGAAUUCAAGUGGGUAUAGGGUUUUGAAUGGCAAUUAUAACAAAAGAGUUAAUAUAAGCUCGAGCUUGAUAAAGUCAAGGGAGGUUGAUGACGUUGCUGGUUCAAAUUUAGACUCCAAGGUCCCAAAAGGUGUUAAAAUAGGUCAGGUAUGCGCAGACAAUUCUGGGCCUGAUAAAUUUGAUUGUCAAGAAGAGCCGAGUGAGACAACUGGUAGCAAAGCUAAAGUUUUGGAGAAUUUGAAGGAGAAGGGCUUGAUUGAAGAGAGUACUAGUAGCAAGCCUGGUCUUAAAUAUCCAAGCAAGCUUCAUGAGAAGCUUGCGUUUCUGGAAGGGAAAGUGAAGAGAAUUGCAUCGGACAUUAAGAGGACAAAGGAGAUGUUGGAUAUGAAUAACCCAGAUGCAUCCAAAGUGAUCCUUUCAGAUAUUCAGAACAAGAUUUCAGGGAUUGAGAAGGCAAUUGGACAUGUCGGAGGUGAUUCAUCCAAAAUUGGUGGAAACGAAGGUGGAGAGAAUGAGGUCUUUGGGAAGAGUAAAAGUGAGAAAGAGGAUCAGGUGAAGGGUUCAGUUAAGGGCCUGAACAAAGAGGAGCUUGAAGCAAGACUCCUUCCUCAUCACAAGUUGCUUAGAAGUAGAACAUUAUUGAAUGAAUCAUCAGGAAGUUCCCAGAGUUGCAAUGAAUCUAAUGUCAUUGACUCAAUUUGUGAGUCAAAGGUCAAAGAGAAAUUGUUGAGCCCUAUUGAAGAAAAUUCUAUAGCGCUAGAGUUUUUGGCUUCACUUCAUAAGGAGGACGCAAAGGUAACUCUGAGGGAUACAAAGACAGGCUUUGAAUCUUGUGAAGUUAAAGAAACUGGUGGUGCUGCAGCUUCAGGAAAACAAGAUUCUUUAAACACUUUCCAUGGUAAAUGUAGUGAGGAGCUUGAUCUUACAACUGAUGAGACAUUUGAUGAGUUUGAUGACCAGGAAAAUAGACAAGCAGUUGUAAUUGGUGAGGAGACUGAAGAUACUGGUGUUUAUCAAGUUAACCAAAUGGGCCCCAAAAGUUCAACAGGAGGAUGGUUUGUGUCAGAGGGAGAGUCUGUUCUUCUUGCUCAUGAUGAUGGGUCCUGCUCCUUUUAUGAUAUUGCUAAUUGCGAGGAAAAGGCUGUAUACAAGCCUCCAGAGGGAGUCUCACCUAACAUAUGGAGAGAUUGUUGGAUAAUCCGUGCACCUAGUGCUGAUGGAUGCUCAGGGAGAUAUGUUGUGGCAGCAUCUGCUGGGAAUGCUCUUGAUUCGGGAUUUUGUUCAUGGGAUUUCUAUACCAAAGAUGUGCGAGCUUUUCACAUGGAGGAUGUUGAAACAACCACUUCAAGAACAAUACUAGGUCCCAUUACCAGUAAUACUACAUAUAGAAGAAAUGCUUUGUCUGGCUUAUCAUUGCCAGAAACUAGACAAUGGUGGUAUAGGCCAUGCAGCCCUCUUAUCAUAUCCACUGCCAGCACUCAAAGGGUAAUCAAGAUGUUUGAUAUACGUGAUGGAGAGCAAAUAAUGAAGUGGGAGGUGCAGAAACCUGUGUUGGCAAUGGAUAAUUCAAGUCCUCUGCAGUGGAGAAACAGAGGAAAAGUGGUUAUAGCUGAAGCAGAAACAAUUUCUGUGUGGGAUGUCAACUCUCUUAACCAACAAUCACUGUUAUCUAUUUCUUUGUCUGGUCAAAAAAUCUCUGCUCUUCACGUGGUUAACACGGAUGCUGAAUUAGGUGGUGGGGUUCGGCAAAGGGUAUCUGCUGCAGAAGCCGAAGGAAAUGAUGGUGUGUUCUGCACCCAGGACGCCAUUAAUGUUUUAGACUUUUGCCAUCCAUCUGGCAUAGGUCUUGAGAUACCAAUUACCAGUGCUAGUGUGCAGUCAGUUUUCACUCGCGGAGACUCGAUAUAUAUUGGCUGUACUAAUAUGAGGUCUGCAGGGAAAAAAGAGCCGUGUUUACAGGUGCAACAGUUUUCAUUACGCAAACCAGGGAUAGUCAGUACAUACUCUAUGCCAGAAUCAAAUGCUCACUUGCAUUACUCAGGAAUAACACAGGUUUGGGGAAAUUCUGAGUUUGUAAUGGGUGUUUGUGGGCUGGGGCUAUUUGUCUUUGAUGCCUUGAAGGAUGACGGCAUUUACUCUUCCACCAUUGAUUAUGGUAGUACCAAAAAGGGAAAAGAUGUUAUUGGCCCAGAUGACAUGUAUUCCCCUUCUUUUGACUACUUGGCAUCUCGUGUCCUCCUCAUAUCAAGAGAUCGUCCAGCGUUGUGGAGGCGCCUAUCAUAGGCAUAUGAUUAAUGCUUGGUUCUGGACUUGUAAUUUGUCCAGGUAAUAGGGCUAUCAGGAAAACGGUGCGUUUCUGUUUUUGUACUCCUUUUUUAUGCUAUGUGAUUAAAAACAACACUAUUUAUUGAAGCAAAGCUUUAAUGGUA